AUGGCUGCCCAAGGCUCUGCAACUGGAGGAACUGCGCACAGCGAUGCGGCCAGUCCUGCGAGUGAUCUCAGUACAGAUGCAUUUCGCGGAGGGAUCAAAGUUGAUCUCCUUGGCGCUCUAUCGGAGAUCAAGGUCUCUGGCUCCUUUGCGUCUUUCCGUCCCUUGGUGAGACCACCGGAUUGCGGCUUGACUGUUGACGGCGUUGGGCCUGUGAGCAUAACCAAUGACCUGCACGAGGCUCAGGCCAAGCAGAUGAUCGCAAUGGCUGCACAGGCCCCCUAUGGAAAGGGCAGCGAGACAAUCGUGGAUACCGCAGUUAGGAACACCUGGGAAUUGGAUCCCCAGCAAUUCAGAUUCUUGGAUAAUAGGUGGCAUAACUAUGUUCAGACAUUAUGUGCCUACGCUGCUCUGGAUUUGGGCAUCAAUACAACCAUCAGAUGCGAGAUCUACAAGAUGCUCAUCUACGAACAGGGAGCAAUGUUUAAGCCACACACAGACACCGAAAAAAUCCCCGGCAUGUUUGGGACGCUUGUCAUUAGCUUACCAUCCCCUCAUACCGGUGGCGACGUGGUUGUGAAGCAUUGCGGCGAGAAAAAGGUGUUCAGAACAUCACAAGCUGAGCAUUCAUCCAUCUGCUGGUAUUCUGAUGUCACGCACGAGGUUCUCCCCGUCACGUCGGGCUAUCGCUGGGUCCUCACCUAUAACCUGGCCAUUGACACCACCGUCGUGCCACCCUCAGCUGCGCUGUUACGGUCGAACAUCCAUUCGCUCCGCCACACCCUCCGAAGAUGGCUCCUGGACCAGUCUGCAGCCGAGAAACACCAGGCUCUCUACCACGUUCUUGACCACGAGUACACUCAGGCAAAUAUCCGCCUCUCGAGUCUGAAGGCCCGCGAUCUGGCUCAAGUGCGUGCACUGCAGGAGGCGUCGAACAGUGUCCCCUUCGAAAUAUUUCUCGCGCUUUUAGAGAAGGAGGAGAGAGGUGGCGUUGAGGACGAUUACUACGACCGGGGCUACCGUAAUCGCUUCUACGAUGAUGACGAGGAUGAGGAAGAGGAGGACGAGGGCUAUCAUCAUAUCAUAGACGUCUUUGACCAAAGCUAUACCAUCAAGACCCUGGUUGAUUUUGAGGGCCGGGUAGUUACGGAGAACGUGUCCUUUGAAACAGAGGAUCUUCUCCAAGAGGACUGUUUCGACGACAUGGAAGGUGAGGAAGAGUACGAGGGUUUUAUGGGCAACUCGGCCGUUGUGAUUGUUCCUAAAGAUUCUGUCGUCAACUUUUUGAACUGUGAUCAACAUUCUCGACUCUCACACGCCAAUGUCCAAUCCCUGAUUUCCUAUUGGGCGCAUAGGAGCGUGCACGGUGAAGCGCCCGAUAAUGACAUUGCCGUGGUAGAGAAACUCUGUGAUAAGGCAUGGAGUCGUUACCUGGAACCGGACAUGCGAAUAUAUGGCUUGCCCAACCCGCCGUUCGAAGGAGAAACAAUGGGAAACGUUCUGAAAGCCGCUCUGCAUCUUCAGCGAUAUGAUAUUUUUGAGCGAAACGCAUCACGCCACAAGGGGCUGCUCCCGACUGCUUUCUAUACCUGGGCGGCAAAUUUUGUUUACACACCCAACAGUGAUGACAAUCAUGUUGCUCAAAAGUUUGUGCUUCUUGAAAAAGGACUCUCGGCAUCGGUCCUCGGGUAUGGAUCGUUGACAACGCAGUUGUUGGCCGUGUACAAUUUUACUUUUGUCGCCCAUUCUAUAUUCCCCGCACCUGCGACCUGUGAAAGUCUCACGUCUGUGAAUGCUUGGGCUUGCCGAACGUUCAAAGCCUGCCUGGAGGAAAGGCUUCCUAAGCCACUGACAUCCAAGGAUGGGGAAGCCUUGUGUGAUAUCCUUCUCUAUUUCGAAGACCCCCUUGAGUUUUUUCAAAGCUCUGUUGCGCCGACAAUAAGAGACAGGCGUGAUGUGCCCGCAUUCUAUCUGGCUUUUCUAUCCAGCCUACGGAAGAAGAUAGUUUCGGAACCGAAGCUGUCUGAGAAGGGACCAUCAACGUACAGAGAUGUGGCUAAACUAUUCCUCUCAUCGGUUGAGUUUCCAGCUCUCAAAUUGCAAUCAAGGGAGUCGGACGAAACCAGGAGGUUUCGACAGGUCCGUAGCGGUGGAACUGCGGAAUCCGAUGAGCAGACCAUUGUGACUUCUCUUGAAAUACUCAAAUUCCUUGGCGAUGCUCUCAAGUUAGAUUCGGGUAGCGGCGAUUUGAUGGCUGCUUUUGCGUCGAGGUUUGUUGAGCAAGCCUCGAGACUUCCAUCCACGUCGUUUGGUUUGUGGGUGCCCGUCUUUAACAGUCUCAUUAAAGUGCUCGUCAAACAUGAGAUACCCCUCGAGACCCCCAUGUACCAGCAGCUGUUCUCGAAGUUCUAUCACGCGCUUCUUAAUAACUUCGUGAAGCGCCAGCCCUCCAAGGACAACACUUUAUCCCGGCCCGGUGUACCGUGCUCCUGCGCCGAUUGCAAUCAUCUAAACCACUUCCUUUCUAGCACUACACAGCGAGUUGGCCGGUUCGCCGUCAAUAAGAAGCGGCGUCAGCACUUGCACAACCAAAUAGAUCGUCAUCGUAUCGACUGCACUCACGAGACGGAGCGUGUUGGCAGCCCCCAGACACUCGUCAUGACGAAGACGAACAAGCAGCAUGAACAGGCUCGACGUAAUUGGAAAAUUCGAUUUGAAUGGGCGCACAAGGUGCUGGGCGACCUUGAUCAGGGCCAGCUUCUCCAGCUCUUGGGACAGGAGUAUACUGCCAUCACGCAGAUGAGGCACCUCGUCGUCGACUCACAGCCGGAGACCAGUGCGCAGGCUUCUUCGACAUCGGUCGCAGGCACGAAGCGAAAGAAUCCCAUCUGGAUUGAUUGA